AUGGGCGAAUCAACCCUCACACUCGGUGCUGUCGCGGCGCUGCUGACCACCGCUCUCGUUCUCUGGCUGCGCCGACGGAACGAACAGCAGGCACUCGUCGCAGCACCCCUUCUUCCCUCCCUUCCGCCCCGCGCCUCCUCGUUCAUCUCCUCUCCCCAGAUCGCAACAGCAGCAGCAGAAACAUCAUCAGCAGGAGAAUCGAAUGGGGCUUUCUCAGCAAUAGUCCCCACUCAGCGUGCUGCCAACGGAGCCUUGCUUUCAGUGGAUCAUGGUUCUAACGCCACUGCAGUAGCCAAUGCUACCACUGCUGCUACAGCUACAGCGGAUCGGUCAGCUUAUAACGCGGAUACUGGUGACUUUGGCGGACCAGUGGCUGCCGGAAAUGGUCGUGCUUAUAACGGAUACGCCGCGUUGAACGGAGCUUCUUCCAACGGGAAUGCUCUUAACGGGUAUGCUUCUAACGGGGCUGCUUCCAACGGGCUUGCUCUUAACGGGUAUGCUCUUAACGGGGCUGCUUCCAACGGUCAUGCUCUUAACGGGCACGCGGUUAAAAGGCACGCUGUUAACGGGCACGCUGUUAACGGGUACGCAGUGCACAGCAGCACUGGCCAGGAGUCAUUCAAAGACUACGAGCCGUUUGCGGUGCGGGCGGUGCAGCAGCGGCCGAGCAGGAAGGCGGAUGAUUUGCAGUACCAUGUUGGGGUGCGGUAUACCGGGGACGCGCAUUGUAUGAUCAGGCUGCAUUUGGAGGUGGGCGGUUUGAAGUGGUCCGUGCCGGUGGACGUGCAUGACUUGGACGUGGAUGCGGAGGUGUGGGUGAAGCUAAGGCUGACGCCCAAGAAGCCGUUUGUCGCCAGCCUGUCUCUCGCGUUCGUGCGCCUUCCGACAAUCAAGCUCGUGCUUGCGCCAUUCCACGUGUUGAAUGUUGUCGGCAUUCCCCCCCUGGCGAUUCUCAGCCGCCCGCUUUCGCUCCUGAGUGACCCGUACUGCAGGCUGCUGUUUGGGGGGGCGGUGGUGGAGAGCAAGAGGAACAGGCAGACGUCGCAUGCGGCAAGCCCGGGCGACCCGGUGUGGAAUCAGGACUUCCUCUUUUGCGUGGAGAGCCCCAAGAGGCAGAAACUCACCGUGGUGGUUCGGGACUCCGCCUUAUUCCAACGAGACCUGGGCUUUGUGCAGAGCAAGCGGAACAGGCAGACGUCGCAUGCGGCAAGCCCGGGUGACCCGGUGUGGAAUCAGGACUUCCUCUUUUGCGUGGAGAGCCCCAAGAGGCAGAAGCUCACAGUGGUGAUGCGGGACUCUGCUCUGUUUCAACGAGACCUGGGGUUUGUGCAGGUGAGUGCUCUGGUGGCUGUGAGACGAGGGAGGGAGUAUGUGCUGGUGUCAGGUGUCAGGGACCCGGUGUGGAAUCAGGACUUCCUGUUCUGCGUGGAGAGCCCCAAGAGGCAGAAGCUCACAGUGGUGGUGCGGGUCUCGGCCUUGUUCCAACGAGACCUGGGCUUCGUGCAGGUGGGUGGUAGCAACCCCUCUUGA